UCUUUAGAUGUUAGAAAUUUAGAAUGCAUAAUAUUACAUUUUGAUAACGCGUAGUUAAAAUUAUAAAGAUUAUCUUAGACGUUUAUAAGGUUAAUAGUGUUUUAGUAGUUUUAUAGAGUAGUAUGAAAUAUCUUUUCAUACAAUAGUUAUGUCUGGAUUGAUUGGAUUGUCUGGGGCUCUGGGCUACUGAAAUGUUAUGUAUCUAGCAACACAAAAUAUUUGUCAAUUAGAUCAACACAUCCAACGAUCUUGUUAGGUGUGAUGGUUUUUGUUUAAACGUUUGUUGUUAUUCGUUAUGAAUACCACUAAAAAUGAAGACCAGAAACUGCCAGAUGGCUGGGUGUUAUGCCAGUCGAAAUCGAUUCCGGGAAGGAAAUAUUAUUUUAACAAGAAAACCGGAAAAUCUUCUUGGUCGGAACCACAGGACGAUGACAAGUCUGACAAGAAAUCGUAUAAGAAGGAGAAAUUUAAAAAACAGGAGAAGAGAAGGAAGGAGGAAUUAGCAAAGAGAGGAACGAAGCGAAAGAGUGAUAGCCAUGAAGAAAACGUUUCAAAAAAAAGGGCGAAACUAGACACAACUGAUGGAGCAAGUGACAGAGCUAAUAAAAGUGAUACUUCACUUAACCAACUUAAAAGACGAAGAGAGGCUUCACCGAAAUCAACCAGUACUCCGAAAACUACUCCUUCAAAGAGUACUCCAAACAGAAGGACAGCGACACCAAGUAAAACUUCUGCUAAAAAUCUAGCUAACACAAGACUAUCUCAGUUACGAGCAUUACUUAAUGCUGAAGCAAAUGAGGAGGAAGAAUCAGAAUCUCUGAAUAAGAAGACUAGAAUUAGCCCAAAAACAGGAUCCAAUGAAUUAUCACAACGAAUCAGUAGGACUGAACGUAAAAGUCCUAGUUUCAACGAUUCAAGAUCGACCCAAUCACCUAGUAGUGAUAGUUUACAGUCUAUACCAUCUCCUUCUCAAUUCUUUGCAGCAAAUAAAAUCAUAUCAUCUAUGAAAGCUCAAUUACCGGAAGAAUAUUGCUGUAAAGAGAAACAAAAAGAUACAUAUGCCGAUAUAGAAAAGGGUAUAUGCAGUCAGAUUCCCGAAUAUCCAUUUUCAAAGCAUCCAGCUACUCCACCACAGUUCUCCGAAGCUAGCAAGUUAAUGUCAGCUAUAAAAUCUAAGCUAGCGUACAAAGUAUCGACGUCGAAAGAUAGCAUUAUAAAUUAUGCGUCAGCUAAGGAUAGAAUGAAUUCGAUAAGAUCUAAUUUGAGUUUAGAGGCAGAACGUGAUAUGAAUAUUAGUCUCUUAAGUAAUAGUAGUGACUUCGAGGCGAAAUUAAGUACGGAAGCUAUGGAGGUAGAAGAUACAAAAGAGGUACGCACAUAAAAGUCAAUCAUAUUAUCACCGAGCAACAAAUUAACUUUAACUGAGGAUACCAUUGGUGAGGGUGAUAACAUAGAACUGGUUGUAGAUACAAAUAUAUUUAUACACGACCUUGACUUUAUAAAGAAUGUCCUUAAUUCACAUAUAAAAGGUUACAGCGAACAACCUACACUUUUAGUACCGUGGCGUGUAAUAAACGAAUUGGAUAGGUUGAAAGACAACAACAAUGGGAAUGGAGCUCUUUGUAAACGUGCCAGGUCAGCCAUGGACUACCUCUACAAGUCACUGCCGGAGAAUAGUCGUAUCAAAGGUCAAUCGUUACGCGAUGCGAAUUCCCACAUCUAUCCUUGUGAGGUUCCGGACGAUGAGAUACUGAACUGUAGUCUGCAACAGAUCGAGAGAGGCAGGAAUGUAAUUCUAGUGUCAAACGACAAGAACCUAUGCAACAAGGCUACCAUCAACGGAGUGAAAAGGAUCAGUGUUGAAGAGCUGAAAGAUCUAGUGGAAAAUAAGCCUCAGCCGAGCGACCCUGACUUGCUGUCCAGUGUAAACCACUAUACCCAGACGUUGUAUCACUUGCUGGCUAAUAUACUCGAGAAUGAAAUGCGAGCUAAAUAUGAUAAUCUCUGGCUGCACGUAUUAUUCAAAGCGCCGCCUUGGACAUUGGUGGACGUUCUCCGAUGUUUGCUCAAACAUUGGUUCGCUGUAUUCAGCGAAGUAUUUCCUCGGAUAGAGCAGCUUCUAACUGAUCUCAAGAACAGCUUGAUCUCGAUAGAAAGGAAAGAUCCGGACACAUUAACGCAAUCGGAAGUGGCGAACUUUAAGGAGCUUUGUUUAGAUGUAGCGAAGAGGUCUCAAAUCAUUCCAGAGUAUAUGGAGUUGGCUAAGGCGACAGUUGAGCGAUUGUUGUGCAAUCGUGUGAGCGAGACAGAGAACAAUGAGAGAGACAGCGUCGUGGAGGCGUUUGAGAGCCUUUGGACUGUAUUAUCUAGUUAUAGCGCUAAGCUAGCGACAGCGCUAGGCAUUCAACACAGUAUAGAAGAUAAGUUGCCAGGAAAUGAAUCCUUAGACGUUCUAACAAGCAAGUGGAGCUUCAUCAGCGGUCAUGUUAAUGAUCUCACGGAGGCUAUGAAGGAUGUGUUAAGUGAGGAGGGCCCAGCGCGGGGCGAGAGGGCGAUGCGACUUCACGGAGCGUUGUUACGAGCGCGGAGCGCCACCGCAGGGGACCUGGCGGCGCACCACGUCGCCGCCUUCUGUCUGCGGUGCGAUGUGUCGAGUGAGGAGGGCCCAGCGCGGGGCGAGAGGGCGCUGCGACUGCACGGAGCGUUGUUACGAGCGCGGGGCGCCACCGCAGGGGACCUGGCGGCGCACCACGUCGCCGCCUUCUGUCUGCGGUGCGAUGUGUCGAGUGAGGAGGGCCCAGCGCGGGGCGAGAGGGCGCUGCGACUGCACGGAGCGUUGUUACGAGCGCGGGGCGCCACCGCAGGGGACCUGGCGGCGCACCACGUCGCCGCCUUCUGUCUGCGGUGCGAUGUGUCGAGUGAGGAGGGCCCAGCGCGGGGCGAGAGGGCGCUGCGACUGCACGGAGCGUUGUUACGAGCGCGGGGCGCCACCGCAGGGGACCUGGCGGCGCACCACGUCGCCGCCUUCUGUCUGCGGUGCGAGAACAUGCUACAGGAAGCCUACACCAAGUUCUCUCAGUUGGCGGAUUUACUGAACGUAUGUAAAAGUAAAUUUUCCGAUGAUAAUAAUUAAUUGCGUUGUAUCGUCGCAGUCAACUGUUUACUUAAUUUUUUUUUUACAAUAUUUAUACUCAGUUGUUUUGUAAUUACUAUAACUACUCUUUUUUUGAUUUGUUUAAUUCUAUGAUCGCAUUAGAAAAUGAUAUUAAUGACUAUUUACAUGAUAACAGAAGGCCAGUUUCCAUAUUAAAUAUACGACUUUUAGACCUUUUCAAGGAAAAUAUAUAAUACAAAGUCGACUACACAUACAGAAACACAGAGACAUAUAUGUAGUCUAUAUACACAAGACACUUGAAACGAUAAUUGUAUACAUUACAUCGUUAUAUGAAUUAUUUAUAUAUGCGUGUUUGUAUAUAAUUUUGCGGCUAUUAUGUACAUCACAGGUAGAUUAAUUUAUGGGAGGUUAAAUUUUUGUUAUUUCUGACUCUACCUUAAUCCCGGUGCUGCGGGAAGUGU